AUGAGACUGCUAUGCAGCCGCGCCGCCCGCCUCUCCGGCCCCUCCGGCUCCCUGUGCGCGCUGCUCGCGCUGCUGCUGCUGACGCCGCCCGUGCCCCUCGCCAGCGCUGGUCCUGUCGCGGCCGUUGUGAGAGAGCUGCGUUGUGUGUGUUUAACCACCACACCGGGAAUUCAUCCCAAAAUGGUCAGUGAUCUGCAGGUGACCGCCGCGGGACCGCAGUGCUCCAAGGUGGAAGUGGUAGCCACCUUGAAGAAUGGAAGGGAAGUCUGUCUGGACCCAGAAGCUCCUUUGAUCAAGAAGAUCGUCCAGAAAAUAUUGGACAGUGGAAAGAACAAUUAAAAGAAAGGACCGUGCAUCGGAAGAAUUGCCCAGUUCCUCAGCAGAAUUUUCUGGGGACCUCUGGACCCACUGAAGACAAGAAGC